GUAUGUGUGUGACUGUGUGUGUGUGUGUCUGUGCGUGGAGGAAAGAGGGUGUGUGAGAGCAGGAAAGUGGGAGAGGAGAGGAGGCCAUAAAAUACAAGCCAAAAGGAAGCGAGAGAAAGGGAAGUGGGAAGAGAAAGAGAAAGAGAUACAAACAAGGCUGUGUGUCAAUUGCGAUUUUGAGGGUUGUAGCCCAAAUUCUUCCGGAUAUCUUGACAACCUACAAAGGACUGUAAACUUGAGUGUGACUCUGUGGAAAGAAGAGAAAAACAAGCAGCGGGCAUACAAGACAGACAGAAGAAGAAAAAAAGACUCAAUGCAUGCGAUGGAGCAGGGGAGCGUUCAAGAACAUGGAAGAAGUAGAAAACUGUCCAAGAUCUGGGUGAUAAAUGAACAUGUUCGAGUGGGACUCGCAGAAACCCUCAGCACCUAUGUCAUGAUGGUGUUUGGCUUGGGCUCUGUGGCACAGGUCGUGACUGGACGGGGUGCGUUCGGAGAGUACCUUAGUGUCAACCUGGGCUUCGGCCUGGGUGUGGCUAUGGGGGUGCAUAUUGGCGGGAGGGUCUCAGGGGCCCAUAUGAACGCAGCAGUAUCAUUCUCCAUGUGUCUCUUUGGUCGUUUGGGUUGGAGGAUGCUUCCCGUCUACAUCCUCAGUCAGCUGAUAGGCUCCUUCUUGGCUGCUGGGACCAUAUAUUCCCUUUACUAUGACGCCAUAUACCACUACUGUGGAGGGAAUCUGACUGUGUCUGGCCCUAAGGCUACAGCUGGGAUCUUUGCUACCUACCCAGCAACCUACCUCUCACUUCAUGCUGGAUUCUUAGACCAGGUGAUCGGCACGGCCAUGUUGUUGCUGUGCCUGAUGGCCCUGUCUGACCAAAGGAACCAGCCUGCUCCAUCGGGGGGUGAGCCCAUCGCUGUGGGCCUGUUGGUACUGCUCAUAGGAGUCUCUCUGGGGAGCAACAGCGGAUACGCUAUCAAUCCUAGCCGUGACCUGGGACCUCGAAUCUUCACCGCUAUAGCAGGCUGGGGGCCAGAGGUGUUCCGGGCAGGUAACGGCUGGUGGUGGGUACCUGUACUUGCCCCCAUGGUAGGAGGAGUCACAGGGGCUUCCAUCUACAAGGUGUUUGUGGAACUGCACCACCCCUCCCCCUGUGAACACAGGAGGGAGAUAGUGGACGAGGCAGAGGAGGCUUCACCUCUGGAUAUGCAGAAAAACCUCAGCCCAGAGGUGUGUGUGUGAGGCACCCCAGCUAUGUGCGCGCACACUUGCUGCACCCAAAGUAACUGGAGGAGGAUCCAAUGGAACAGAAACAUCAGCAAACAAUUGGGGAUGUUGUUUUGAGAGGACACUGAUUGGACUGGUUACUUUCUCGACGGUCCAAGUCCAAGUGACAGGCAGUCCAGAAUGAAUUGUGAAAGUGAAACAACUGUGAAACAGAGCAUGAAUUCAGUUUCGCUCCCAGGCUAAGAAUAAAUGAGACCACCUGUUACAGAAGUCAAAGCUGCAUAUAGAAGUUGCCUGUAGGUACAGGUCUAGAAUCAGCUUACCCCUCAACCAAUAGAAUUAUGGAGCCUUGAAACUGAUGGCAAAAUGCGAGAGACUUGGUCAAGAAUGUAACUGGUGCUCAUUACUCGUAUCCGUUUCAAAGCACAGUGCAGCACAUCUGAGGACACUGGAGGAAAUCUGGACUCAGUUAAAUGGCCAUCGACAAUAACACAGGUUUAACCGAAACGAUUCUCAUCUGCCUUUAAUAGGAAAUACAUACAGCCAUAGACACAAAAGGGAAAUAAAUAGGAUCAACAGGAUGGCCUACAAGGCUUCACAGGGAAUAGCAGCAUUGCUAGAAAAAACAUGUCAGGCAUAGACAGACACGUGCGCACACACACAUUC